UUUAGACUUUGUAGCAGAAUCUAAAAAAAGUUGGGUAUGUUCGAAUAAGACACAGCUGAGAAAAAUGUACCGAAAGAUGUCAAAUUUUACAUAGAAAACACAAUGUGUAGUGCCACCCUUAAGUAAACCGUGAAACACGAGUAACUAUACGAGCAGUAACGAGAGGUUAUCUCUGGAAAGUAAACGUUGAUUUUGUGAUCCAUUUUCUGCAUUAUGGUUACUUAUCAGUUCGCGAAUAACAAUGAAGGAAAAAGGACACAUCGACGAUACUCAAACAGCCACGGUAGAUGAGCACAUGAAACUGAUUUAUGAUGACAGAUCAGUCGUCGAUUCGAAUUUCAUCGACGUCACGCCAGAUGAUUUGCCUGAAUGGUUCGACGAGAAACUGUUCAAUAUAGGCCAGGCAUUUUACAUGGAAAAUUUGCUGGGACACGUAACUGGAAACGUGUUAGGACUGUUGGCGGUAUUGGUUGUCCCAGACAUAACGGAGGUGCUCACGUUCACAAGGAAGAGUUCGACGAUCUCCUUAUCCUUCAAGCGAUACGCAAGAACAGCGUUCUACAUAUACAAUCUGUUCCGCACUGACAUGCUCAAAAAUGAAUCAAAGUGGUUCGAGAUACUGAACAUAAUUCGACGAGCACACACAUUAGCCAGCAAUCACCAUGUCGAUGAUGGACGUCAUGGGAUAUACAUGAAGGACAUGGCCAUCACGCAAUUCGGAUUCAUAGGGUACGUGUUCGCGUGUCCAGAAAAGAUCGGACUGGGUCACAGCACCAUCGAACAAAAAGCUGGUUUCAAUCAUUUCUGGCGCGUCACUGGCUACCUCCUGGGUAUACCUAAUCGGCUGAAUAUCUGUCGCAAAACGGUAGCGGAAACGACACAGUUGUGCAAAAGAAUAUCACACGACAUUAUUAAGAAACAUUUGGAGACUAUUCUACCAGAUAGCGAACGAUUGGUACUAAAUGCGAUACAAGGGCUGUGGUACGUCGAUCCCUUCCUGAACACUAACGGUAGCGUCGCUACCAUGUACAAAUUGGCUGGAGCAGAAUAUAAGAAGCCUCUCGGAUGGGUGUCCUGUUUAAACAUGAAGCUGCGCGAAUGGAAUUUUUAUCUCUACAGUGCUCCCUACAUCGGGGUAGCGGUCAGGGCUUAUUACAACUACUUCCUGUCGUUCCUUUUCUGGUCGAUUGAACGCUAUCCUCUGCUGGCCAGGAUAGCAUUUGGGAAGGACAAAUCGAAUCUAUGCCUGUUUUCUAAUUGAUACAGUGAUAGAAACUCAUGUGAAAGAGUAAAUAUGCUGAUAAUGUGAAAAACAA